CAAAAUUUUCUACCUCAAGAAAAUAACUACCUAUGUAUGUAUAUAUGCAAACACCCCACCUCAAACAUUUGUGAUACACUAAGAGAAGAGAAGACAAGAAAGAAAUUUCACCCUAAAAUGGCAAGUUUUACACAAAUCGCAGUUGUGUUGGGCGUCGCCCUACUCGUGUCCGCGGGCAACGCCCAACCCACGGUGCAGUUCGUGGUCGAGGGCGAAGUGUAUUGUGAAGUCUGCCGCACCAACUUCAUCAACAGGCUCAGUGAGCCUAUGGCAGGUGCGACGGUGCGCUUAGAGUGCCGAGGAGAGGAGGUGACGAAUGUAACAUACAAACUGGAGGGCACAACUGACCCGGCCGGCCACUACCAGCUGAACGCCACCGGCGACCACGGCACCGAGGAGUGCGCCGUCACACUCGUCAAGAGCAGCCGCCCCGACUGCGACAUCAUCCCUAACGAGGGCUGGGCCAUCGAGCCUACGGCAAAGGUCACGCUCACCAAAAACAGCGGCUUCCACGACAACAAGCGCCAUGCCAACCCGCUUGGCUUCACCAAGAAGGAGCGGAAUCCCGGCUGCGCCGACCUCUUCAAGGAGCUCGAGCUCAGCCCCGAAGGUCUCGCGGUUUGAUCGCUCUAAUGUCUCUUCAUCAUUUCUUUUUAUUACUUUAUUUGUAGUUAGAUCACGUGCAACAUCUUAAUUUUGAGUAUGUGUAUGUAUGUACUUAUUUAAUUCACUCUCUUGCUUGCAUUGAGAGAUAAUAAAAACUCAAAUCAAUUUCAAGAUUUA